AUGGAAAGCCCGCCACGCGAGCCAAUAAAUGUUAUUUCUGUUGAGGCGGCGAAGAAGAAACUCAAAAGAUCCUUCCAUCGAGCCGACUUCAGCGAUCAUGAGAUCACGACGGCAAUCGAGGCCAAGGGCGAAGGUUGGGAGGCUUACCUCCUUUCGCAACGUGAUGCAUUCCGUGGAGAUUUAAAGGAUGCUGGUGGAGAUUUACUUCCAAUCGCAAAGGCCAAUAAUGACCGCGCGUGUGUAUGUUAGCAUUGCCUUUUUGAACGCAGACUGGGAGCGUGGACAACAUGUCGGACUAAGAGGUGUGAGCAAGAAUUGAGAGUAUUGAUACAUGUGGAGGAGACAAAUAUUCUGUGAGAUCUAUGCCUCUAUGCCAUUGAUAUCAUCAGAAAGAGAAGCUAACGAAUAAAUUUAUAGGCUACGAUAUCAAGCUUGCGAGAUUGUAACCCUUAUUUUUGGCCCCGAAAAAACCGAAUUCGCCUGUCACCGAGCACUCUUAUGUUACCACUCGGAAUUCUUUGAUGCUGCUCUACACUGGGGAGACAAAUCCGAAGUCGUCAUGGAAGAAGAGAGCGCUCAGGAAAUUUCUGCAUUCGUGGCAUGGUGUUAUACUGGACAGGUAUACAUUGCUCCCCAGCGCCCCGAAAAACUUUGGGUGCUUGCAGACAGAAUUCAGAGUCAAAGAUUUGCCAAUGAAGUCAUGCAUCAUAUUCUAUACUUGUACUCCGUAAGAUCACUUUGGCCGGAUUUGGCAGCUGAAAUUUACUCGUUCGCACCACCUGGAUCCAAACUGAGACAGGUGGUAAGAGACGCAAUCGUUGCAGACUCACCGCUUACCAGAGAGGAGGAAGAUGAAUCCGAUGAGUUUCAGGGAGCAUGGAUGCAGACACUCAAGGAUAGAGGAGAAGAUCUUAAAGACUUACUGGCAGAUAUUUUGCUGGCAGGGGGCAAUCUUUACGGCGAGAAGCCCUUAAGGGAACAGCCAUCCUUUCACGAGAACCAUUGGACAUAUCUGGAAACUAUCCGAACGAGAUCUCUGGAGGAUAUCAGAAAGGGCCCCAAGAUUUUCGAUUGA